AUGAAGGUGAACAACUUACUCCUAUUACUAUCCCUACUCUCCCAAGAUGCAGUCCGUGCAUUGGUCUUACCAGAACUGUUCCAGGAACAGUUCCCGGCCUUGUUGAGUGCCCUCUCCGAUUCUAUUACUCCUCAUUUGAAAGAACAAGACGGUUCUGCUCACGCUGCUGCUGUUGCUGCUUCUGCUCACGCUGCUUCUGCCAAGGAGGAAAAGGAGAUGGCGCCCUUAUAUGUCCCUUCUAACCCUGGUACUCAUCCCGCUAUUAAAGAUAAAUAUAUUAUUGUCUUCAAGGACUCCAUCACUCCCCAACAAAUCCAGUUCCAUCUGGAAAAUAUUCAACAAGCAGUUAUUCAAGAACUAGCAAUCACCACCGAAUCCAUUGUGGACCACGAUUUUGCUACUUUUGACAUCGGGUCUCUUUUAUCCGGUUAUACUGCUGUUUUACCCCCAGUUAUCUUAGACUUAGUAAGAAAUAACCCUUUGGUGGCAUUUGUGGAACAAGACUCUAUGGUUUACGCCACUGAUUUUAAUACUGAAAAUAACGCUCCUUGGGGUUUAGCUCGUAUCUCCCAUAGAGAAUCUUUGAACUUGGCUAAUUUCAAUAAAUAUUUAUACGAUGAUAAAGCAGGUGAAGGCGUCGACGCUUAUGUCAUUGAUACAGGUAUUAAUAUUAACCAUAACGAAUUCGAAGGUCGUGCUACUUGGGGUAAAACCAUCCCACUAAAUGAUGAAGAUGUCGAUGGUAAUGGUCACGGAACUCAUUGUGCAGGGACGAUUGCUUCCAAGAAAUACGGUGUAGCCAAACACGCUAAUUUGUUCGCUAUUAAAGUCUUAAGAUCAAAUGGGUCAGGUUCCAUGUCUGAUGUUUUGAAAGGUGUAGAAUACGCGGCCAAGAUGCAUACCGAACGUAAAGCUAAAGAUAAGAAUUUUAAAGGUUCUACUGCUAACAUGUCUUUAGGAGGUGGGAAAUCACCUUCUUUAGAUCUUGCUGUUAAUGCUGCUGUUAAGGCAGGCCUACAUUUUGCAGUUGCUGCAGGUAAUGAAAAUCAAGAUGCUUGUAAUACAUCUCCUGCAUCUGCCGAAAAUGCGAUCACUGUAGGGGCUUCGACUCUAAGUGACGAUAGAGCUUAUUUCUCAAACUGGGGGAAAUGUGUCGAUAUCUUUGCACCAGGUUUAAACAUUUUGUCCACCUACAUCGGUGACUCUAACGACGUUACCGCCACUUUGUCAGGUACUUCGAUGGCUUCACCUCAUGUUGCAGGGUUAUUGACUUAUUUCUUAUCUUUACAACCAGAAAAAUCAAGUUCUUUUUACUCUCAACAAACUAUUACACCUGAACAAUUAAAACAAAAAUUGAUCGAUUACUCUACCAAGAAUAUCUUAAACGAUAUCUCCGCCGAUACUCCAAAUAAACUGAUUUAUAAUGGUGCUGGAGGUGAUUUAUCAGGUUUCUGGAAUAAUUAA